GGCGCUCGGGGCCGCUGUACAAAUAGGGCGGCUGCGGGUGGCCCGGGCAGACAUGCGGGUCCCGCUCCGCUCCGUGCCCGCGCUGGCGCUCUGCGCCCUAACCCUGCUCUGCCAGGACUGCGCUCCGACCCGGGCACUCACCUGGGCACCGACCGGAGUAUCCACCCGGGCACUCACCUGGGCACCGACCGGAGCCCCCAGCCGGGCUCCCAUCCGCGUCCCUCCGCGCUGCCCCGCGCUGAUGCUGCAGCUGCUCCGCGCCCCUCCCGCCCCGCUCCGCGCCGCCGCCGCCGCCGCUCUGAGCCUCUCCCCGCACGGCUCGCAGCAGAACGGCUCCCACUGGGCGCUCUCCUUCGACAUGUCGUCCCUGUCCAGCAGCCAGGAGGUGAGUCUGGCUCAGCUCCGUGUCCGCCUGCCCGGCCUCUCCCGUGCCCACAACGUGUCCCUGGACAUCUACCACAGCCAGAGGAGCAGGUGCCGGGGAGAUGCGACCUGCGCCCAUCAGCUCUUCCUGGGCACCGUGGCCGGCAGCCCCGCUGCCACCCAGGCCUCCUGGAAAGUCUUUGAGGUCACCAACCUGCUGCGGUCCUGGCUGCAUCAAGCCGUGGUCCCUGGGCACGCCAGUGACACGGGAAGGGCGCAGUGGGACGUGAGUGGCUCGGUUGCCCCGGCCACCCCCGGCCACGGGGACCCAGCCCUGCCCCAGGACGCGGCAGACAGAGUCCUGCUGCUCGUCUUCUCCAAGGACAAGUCUCCAGGAGAGCACAGCCUGAUCAGGACAGCGGAGACCUCCAAGUACAUCAUGCGGGACAGCGGCUCGCAGGGCGCGGGGCCGCGCCGGCAGCGCAGGAACAGGAUGGAGAAGCAGAGGAUCAAAGCGAGCGAGGCCGUGCCGCGGGAGCAGCAGGGCAGGGCGCUGUGCAGGAGGGUGGACAUGGUGGUGGAUUUCGAGCAGACGGGCUGGGGCAGCUGGAUCGUGUACCCCAAGAAGUACAACGCGUACCGCUGCGAAGGGCUGUGCCCCUCGCCCGUGGACGAGUCCUUCAAGCCCACCAACCACGCCUACAUCCAGAGUUUGCUGCGGCUCUACAAGCCCAACCUGGUGCCGUGUCCCGCCUGCUCCCCAGUCAAGAUGAGCCCCCUCUCCAUGCUCUACUACGAGAAGGGUGAGAUCGUCAUCAGACACCACGAGGACAUGAUCAUCGAGGAGUGUGGCUGCAACUGAGGCCACUCUGCCACUGCCAGGAAGGUGCACAUCUCUGCCCAGAAGGGCCCCAAGCCACGAGCACUGCACAGACCAGGGCGGCUCUGAAGCCCUGUGGGUUGGCACAGCCCCGGCUGGACCUGGGGAGGAGUUGGUGCCCGAGAGCACUGCACGGCCACAGCGCCUGGCUGGAUCCAGGCUCCACGUGGAAAA